AUGUCAGCAUCAUCAAACUUUGUAGAAGAUUUGGGUGAUCGUCGAAAUUCAAGUUCAUCUAAACGUUCAGCGCAAUCGACACCAAAUUCAAUGGAUGGCGAAAAAACUUUUCAAUAUUAUAAUGACAGUGAACAAAGUCGUAUACAAAUGCAGCAGGAACAACGACCGUCAAGAAAAAAUUCUCAAACAGAAUAUUCAAAUGACAAAUUUGGUUUCAAAAAUUACGAUCAAAUCGUGCAAUAUCUUCAAACAGUUUGGGAUAAUGUUUGUGCAAGCAUUCCUUAUCGAGAAAACCAGUCACAGUCACAGUCACAACCGCAACACUCGCAAUAUCAUCAGCAAUUACCACAACAUUCAAAUCGACCACAAGGCAGUGGAUUUUCUGGUAGACAAAUUCGUCAUUAUAAUUCAGACUAUGUUCCUCAACAACAACAACAACAAAAUCGAUUGUAUUUUCGAUCUGGCAAUGGACCAAGAUGGGAGCAAAGAGGCGUUCAACCAUCUCCACCGACACAACGAAGAGAUAGUGGUCCUUCACAACAAUCGUACUAUCGUCAACAACAAUAUUAUCAGCAAAACCAAACGGGUGACAAACAACAAGAUCAACAAUACCAUAACAGAAAAAAUCGUUCAGAUAUGGAUAAUUAUUCACAACGAAAAGCAAAUGGUUAUAACAAUAAUAACAAUAAUCCGUCACCUUCGAAUAUUCCGGUUAGUAACAGUGUUCACACAUCACAGUCAAUUUCGAAUAUUCAUUCAUCAUAUCAACAACCAUCACAACAACAUUAUUCGCCAUCAUCGCCAAUGUCUUCAGCUCAAUCUUAUCCAAAAAUAACCGUUGAACAAAAUGACUUGAAAGAAACUUCAUCAACACCGUUCACGGUUUUAAUGGACGAUACAACGGGUGAUGAUCAUUUUAGCAAUUCAACAUCAUCCUUAAUAGAUUUUGAUUUAUUACAAAUUGAUGAUAAAGAAUUUGAUAUUCCACAGUUAGAUUAUUUGCCAAGUUUAGAAAGUAUAUUAAAUGAACAGCAACAAAAUCAUCUAUCAUACAGCAAUCACAAUAAAUCUGAUACAUCAUCAGUUAACUCGAAUAUCUAUCCGUCGAAUGUUAAUGGAUUUCUAUCAUCUCAACAAUCAUCUUCAUCCUUUGAUUCUUUACUAACAAAUGAUUAUAAUUCUUCAUUAUUUAAAAUUCAACAAGAAUCUCCAUCAAGUUCAGUACUUGAUGAUCCUCAAUUCGAUAUUCCUAAACAUGUUCAAACAAAUCAUGGUUCAUUAAUAAAAAUAAAUGAGUUAAAUACAAUAUCGAAUCAAGUUCAAUCAUGUAUAGAACGUACAAGUUAUGGAAAUCCUACAAGUAUUGAUGUAAUUUUAAAUCGUCUUUUAGCCAUUGGUACAACAAAAAGUUGUGUACUCAUAUUUGAACAUAGAGCACAAACAUUAAAAUAUUGUUUAAAUGCGACAAUGAAUUUAAAUGGUGCCGUAUCAGCAUUAAGCUUCAAUUAUGAUUGUACACGUUUAUUAGUAGGUUAUGCUAGAGGACGUAUUCAUAUGUAUGAUUGUACGAAUGGAAAACUAUUACGAAAUAUAUCCGAUUGUCAUUCACCUAACACAGCUGUAUUACAUGUUAAAUUUACACACGAUCCAACCAUCGCUUUAUUUAGUGAUAGUGGUGGAAGUGUUUAUGUUAUGCAAUUUACUCGACAUAUUAAGCGUGGUUAUCAAUCAAAAUGUUUAUUUAGCGGUAGUCGAGGAGAAGUAUGCUGUAUUGAACCAUUAGUAUUUGCCGAAACUACUGAAAAAUUAAAACAACAUCCAUUAAAGUCGAUGUAUAUUGUUGCUUUAGCAACAUUUACAAAACUAUUUAUUAUUUCAUUGAAAUCACAUGGACAAGUUAAAAUAUUGCAUAUUCAUCGAAUGUUAGGAAAUUCAUCAACGUUACCCAUACUUAAAUGGCAAUUUAUUAUUAUUAAUAUUGGAAAUGAAACACAAUGUAUUGAUCCCGUAUUAGCAGCUGUUAGAGAUAAACAAUGUACUUUUUUUCAAAUUCAACAUAUUCGUGACGAUGAAGUGCAUAUAACUCAAUUGAAACAGAUCACUGUUGAUUAUCAUAUUAAAUCAUUUUGUUGGUUAAAUGCACGUGUAUUUGCUUUAUUUGAUAUAUCUGAACGUUUACAUAUUAUUGAUCAACGUUCGGAAGAACAAUUAGAAUGUAUAUCGUUAUCUUAUUGUCAACUUGUUUAUAAUACAGCAUUCUUCAAAUCUUUGGCAACUGGUGGAAAUGUUAGUUGUGCUUUGGCAUUAGCUGGACAAAAUGCAUGUUAUUCUACGAUUAUUACAAAUCAAGGAUGUAUAUUUCUAUUAGGUACAACUAUUUUGUAUGAACUUCAACUACGAGAUUGGAAUGAACGUAUUGAUUAUUUUAUUGAAAAUGGAAAAAAUCAAUAUGAACAAGCAUUAGAAUUAGGCUAUUCAAUGUACAUUGGAAAAGCGAAAGGUUUACCAAUUGAUCAAGAAAAACGUCAUCAAUGUAUAAGUGAUAAAAUGGUAUCAUUAUUAAAUUCUUAUUUAAAAUUAGCGUUAAAUUUUGAUUGUCCACAACAUGGUAAAAUUGAUUUAUUAAAACAACAUUAUAGAAAAGUAUUACCACGAACAAUUGAUUAUUGUUUAUCAAUGGAUCGUCUCGGUUUAUUAUACGGACAAAUAUAUGAUCUAUUUUCAAAAGACAGUAUAGCACAUGGAAUUUAUUUACAAUGUUUAGAACCCUAUAUAUUAAAAGGACGUUUUGAUUCAAUAGCACCCGUUAUUAUGAAAGAAUUUGUUAAUUAUUACGUCGAACAAGGUUAUUUUCACCAAUUAGAACAAUGCUUAAGUCGUAUUGAAGUAUCAUGCCUUGAUAUCAAUCAAAUACUUCAUGUGGCAAGAAAAUACGACCUAUAUCAGACAUUAUUACAUAUUUACAGUGAAGCAUUUAGAGAUUUUACAACAAUAUUUAAGGAAAUUAUGGAAAAAUUAGAAGAUAGUUUUGUAGAAAAUAAUGGUACUUACAGUGAAAAAAUUAUCACAAUUGGUAAUCAAGGAUUAGUUUUUCUUCAGAGUACAUUUGUUGGUGAUAUUUAUCCAUAUGGUGGCCGUUUGACACCAGACGUAGCUAAUUAUGCACGAAAUGAAUUAUUUGAUUUAAUUUCAUUUUUACAUCCAAGACAAACAGGUGGUCUAUUAUAUACAAAUUUACGAACAUUAUUACAUUUUAAUACACGUGAUUUUUUUAAUUUAUUAACAAUGGCAUUUAAUGAUGAAGAUUUUUUACACGCUAUUGAUAUACUUAAACGACGAGCGUUUUUCGAUAUAUUAUUAAGAGUUAUGGUCGAUGAUAUAUCGUUUACUUCAAAUCAAAUUGGAAUGUUAUUUGCAUUCUUAGCGAGACAAUUAUCAAAACCUAAACAACAACAUAUAUUUGUGCAAGGAAUGUUAUUUGAACAGGUAAUCAAAAUGUAUAAGAUGAUUAGUUAA